CAGCAGAAGUUUGGAAAACAGCAGUGUGUAUUAUUCAUAUAGCCCUCCUUGAGGCUUUCAAUUUUGGAUUUACUCACUGGAAUAUGUGGUUUCUGACUGCCAGGAUAACUAAUCAAACAGUGUGAUGAUCUCUUAAACACAGAAGAGCAGAGAUACCUUUUCUCCUAGUGGAGGAGGUACAAACCACAUAGGAAUCCACAUAAAUGAAUCAUGCCUGGCAAAGGUGGCAAUCUGGCAGUUUUGUAGGUGUGUUUGCAACUUGUUUUGUCAAUUUACUACGCAAUACCUUUAUCAUCACCUGAAGAUUCCUCAGUGCUAAUCCAGUCAGACAAGAAAAAAGCAGGCUGAUGCCCAAGGUGUUUCCUUCUGGGAAAACUCUAAACAAGUCAGAGUGCAGCCAAUACUGGAUGAGACCAUGCAAGUGAGACCAGAGCAAGAUGGCAGCAGAUGAAUGCUUAGGCAUUCAUCUGCGGUAGCUUGGGGAUGUCUGGCUGUGUUAAUUUUGCUUAUGUAGAACCCAGGCUUCUAGAAACGGUGAGUACUAUAACAAAACUGCAUUUUUUGGAACUUUUUGGAACUUUUUGAAAAAGAUCAGUAUGGGAAUUGAAGGAAACUAUGAAACUGGUUUCUUUGCAAUCUAAAAUAAAUCUAAUUACUUAGACUAUAUUUAUUUUGCAUUUAUUUCCCCAUUUUUAUAUUUCCUCCUAUAUCUAUGGAAAUAAAUAGACAUCUUAAUUAUCUUCUGAUGUUUUUUGCUUGUAGUUUUGCAAUUGGUUUCCAAUCGUGGUGUCAUCACUUCUAAGAAAUUCCGAACUUUUCCUGUAGCUAAUAUUAUUCUAAAGAUCACUUUCUCCUCACAAAAGUUGCUUUAUUUAAAUUCACAUUUUUCAAACGUGAGCCAUUUAGAAAUAUAAUACCACUCAAGCUUCUGUAUAAUGAAGAGCUUUAACUUCUAUCCUCAAAUGACCACAUUAAAGUGGAGAACUCUUAAGGCUCCUACUGCAGAAUUUUAACUUGCUGUGUAGCAGAUAACAAUUUAAGUGAUCAAAUUACGAUGGUUUGCGUACUGUUAAACUGUCUGGGUUUUAAGUUAACCAUACAGCCAUUCAAGCCAUAAAAAUAAUAAAUUAGUUUCUGUAACAAAGGGUUUAAUAAUAGUAAUGAUGAAGUUAAAUACACCCUUGCAAGUCUGCAAGUUUUCAGGGAAACAUUUAUUUGUGUAGUUGAACAUGACAAACCCAAUGUGAAGUUUUUUGUUUUGUACAGCACACACUUGUAAUUUCCAUGCAAGAUACCUUUUCCCAUAAAUUUCACUCUAUUUGGUCGUCUGGGGUAGUAAAGAGGGGAAAAUUGUAACACCAGGUGAUGGAGAACCCUCCGGCCAGAGACCUUGGCUCCACCAGUCUGAGGGUGUAAUUUCCGUGGGUGUUGCUCCUUGGGCUGAGUCCUCUAGUUACUGUGAUUGCUCUGAGUCAGACUGCCUUGCAAUACAUCCUUUCAGAAGUUGAAAGCCAAGAAAAUGUGCUUGAGGAUUGAGAGGAGGAGGCAUAAUUUUUAGGAUUUUUCCAAAACACUUCAAAUUUAAAGCAACAGAAGUCAACAGAGUAAGGAUAUUGAAUUUCAGGCUAUGUUACAGUAACAAAUUUAUAAAUUACUUUUUAAAUAAAUCAUCAGUUCACCUUUCUACUGUUUUAAGAAGAGGUUCCUUCCUUUCCCCUAACCAUUAUCCCACCCAGCUACUCAUUCCCCUUCUUCCUCUUGAGACCUUUGCUCUGAAAAUUAAAUUAGUUGGCAAAGGAGGAUCAGCAGCUGGUGACAAUCUCCUGAGCUGGGUAGGAGAUAACAGGGGGAAUGGAAAUAUUCUUCUGAGUGGCAAGUCCCUUCUACAUGAAAGGUUUUUGGCAGCUUAGCUGCUUGUGUGCCUCUGCCUGAUGGGGCAGAAACUCUGGAAGAGAACAGAAUAGGAAUAACACUUUUACUGCUUUUUAAAAAGGAGGCAAAAAUAAUAACCUAGUACUUCUGCCCCUGCCCUUCAAAUGCGAUUCCCAGCAAAGGUGGAUGAAUGGAGGCGCAAGUUGUCCUUCAUCCAGAGGACAAUUUCCCAAAAGGAGGUGUCAAUUUGCUAUAAUUUCCAGUUGUGGCACCUUGAAUUAACUCAUUUGCUCCUUACAGACCUUUCUCAAAUAAACAUGCAGUGCUUGAGGUUGCAUCAGGAGUUCACUGUGUCUGUUACCCUGCUUUCACACUGUGUGUUUCUGUUAAUGAGGUUAGAUGGUUUAUCUGCUCCAUCUGAAGCAUGAUAAUUUGAGGGGGGCAGAGGGGACAAGAGGAGAGAGAAAGGAAUAGAUGUAUAUACUUCCACAUGGGCUCAUGUCAAUAUUUGCAUGUUCUUUCCCUAAAGUGACUUUGAGUUGCUGCUGCAUUGCUUGUUUUGCCUUAAGAGUGUAUUGCUGCAUAGUGGCUAUUUCAGUAUGUUCUUACAGUGCUGAGACUCCGGGUGGUUUCAUGAUGAGUCACGCAAUGCAACUAAACUAGAUUAGUGUUUCACUGGUAGAGGAGUCAUUAUCUAAAUAAGUCUUAUGUACCUGGACCUAUUCUAGAUUUUCACAUCGCUUAAAGAUAACAGCCCUGGGUGGAGUUACAUCAGUGAUUAAAUAUAAAAUGAAUAUGAAUUAUUAAUGAUGAAACUUGAUGAGCUCAAGGAUUCCCAGGUGUGAAAAGGAAUUAGGGCUGAGAAUAAGCAAUAAAUAUUUAAAUAUUUAAAAUUUAAAUCAGAAGAGAAGUCAGUACAAUUCUUACCUGAAAUCUGUAGGUAUUUCCUGGCUACAUUUUGUACUCUUCUAGUUCUCUUAUCAUUACCAAUUUUAUUUGCUUAGAAGAGCUGAUGGUCACUAGCUUUAAAAUCAGGAAGCCUUUUUACUAAAAUUAGCAGCUGUGUGUCUUGCUCUUUGAUGCCAUCAGAGGGUUAGAAUUUGGGAUUUCCUGAAUACAAAAAUACAUCUUUGAUCCAUCAAUUCAGGACUCCUAUUUGAACAUCCUCUAUGCUAAUUGAUACUUACCAUAAAGAAAUUUGAGUGGUUUCUAUUAAAACCCCGAUGCGACUAGCCUUGUCAUGUGUGUACCUCCUGAAAUCCAGCUGUCAUCCUUGUUAUCCUGCAUUUGUCUCCUGCUUUAGAAUCUUAGCUCACUCAUCUUCUGUAUUUUAUUUUUUUUAGAACAUGGUUUAAUCUACUAAAACAUCCCGUGAUUAAAGGUCAGUGUCUCUGCUCUGUCAAAUCUGCAGCAGCUGUCGCUUUUGCCCUUGUAGCUGACUCUGGACAUAUAUGGCAUCUGCUGAUAAUCAGAUUUCCUGCAACACAUUACUUUUCCUUGUUUCCUUUCCUGGAUUAUCUCCCUCCAGCUCAUAUGCUUGAAAUUACCUGCAUCUCAGGGUGCUAAGCUUUUACCAGGGACCAUAAGAAAUUCUGGGGGGAGGCAGAGGCAUGAAUCUUCCUGCAGGGCAAAUGACACUGGACUUCGGUCUGAUCCUCAUUUCAUGGAUGUAAUCGUGGGCAUGGGAAAGGCUGGGCAUUCCCUCAAGUCGGCAGGCGGCAGUGCGGCUGCCUGCAACCUCUGAAUAAUUUGGGUUGAGUCAAAGCUGGCCACAGCAAGUGGAAAGGGCCUUCGGCAGGGCCCGGGUGGCACCUGCUGACAGCUCUGUCCACACGCAAUUGUUUUAAUUCAAUAUCUAAGCCUCGAGGGCCCAAGCUUUCUGUCUCUCUUGUGUGGCAGGUCUCACCAGAGACUGCCCGAGGAGAGCUGCAGGAUUAAACCCUGCACAGAAAAGGCUGUGUUAAAUCACUUCUAAAGGGGCCCACAGGCCAAAGCAUUUUAGUAAGCUGUUCACCUCAGAGUUUACAGUAAACUAUUAAUGUGGUAGCUUCCAGUGUUGACCAGACUUACUUAAGAGAAGGCUCACAACUCAUUUGUAUUUGGCGGGAAGAAGCUAAUACAUGUUAAAUGUCUGAAAAUCACCUUGUGAGCCCAGUAAGGACGUUCUUUGGGAGGGUGUUUAGCGGCUGUCUUCCUAGCAACUGGAUUCUGGUCAAAAGUGAAAACAGAGGUGUCAUCUUAUUUAACAUAUCUUUCUUCCAGGAGGAAUGCAGUAGAUGUGUGGCAAUGGCUCUGAAGCUGGUCCACUGUCUGGUCCUUUGGGCUGUGCAGUCCUUCCCAGCUGCGUCAGGCAGCGCUCCCGGGGUGAGUCGGCAGAUGAACCCAGGAAGCCAAACCCUGCAAACGGCAAAGCACCAGCAGAUGCCCUGCUGUCUGCACAGAAGUCAGCAACGCUCAAUCUGGUGGAGGGAAAAGAAAUCACUGAUUCAGUCUGGUUUAUCAGAAUUGUCUCUCUCACUAAGCCCUAGGUGUUGCAAUGGCUUGGACAGCUCUGCUGGUAAAAGUCUUCUAUUGGCUUUCAGGGUGGAAAAGCCAGGCUGCUUGCAGGGAGAGAACUGGACAGAUCAAGAAGCCUGGGAGGACAGCAGGGAUGGAGGAGAAAAUAAUUCCAAGCGCACUGACCAACCCAACUCUUGAAGUGUUAGAAAACUGCUAUUCAGCCUGUGCUAACAAGCAAUAACAAUGUGGUUUCAAAGCAUCAUACAGCUAAGCUUUAUUUCAGACUAACAUGGUUUGACUGGCAAGAGUCAAUCCUCAGCCUGCCUGGUGGUAGAUGAUAAAUCAUUUGAUCAAGCAGUAAAAGCCAGGUCUGAUCAGCCAUCCUAGAAGGAAUCUGGCUGUCCUAUAUACCCUCCCAGCAAACGGCCCUGCAUGCAGUAGCACGGUACCCCCAGCUCAGUAAGUUGUUUCCCAGUCAAAAGAGGAACAAAGCAGCUGUUGAUACUCUAUACCACUGUAGUUUUAUCUUCUGGCAAAAGACACAAAUGAAUCCUUGAGACCUUAACCCUAAUACAGGAUUUUUGACUUUAUCUGCUGCUAUGGUGGCAUGUGCUAUCCAGUCCACUAGUUCCCCUUGAAAUUGCCUUCCUAGUUUGUGCCAAGAAGUCCUUUUUUUUUUUUUUCCUUUCCCUCAUUUUUAGCAUUCAGUGUACACAUUCCACUUUUCCUCAUUUUUCAGGUUCUUAGUGAGGAAUCAAAGACUGGUAAUCAACAAGGUACAAUGGGUGUGUAAGCCUUAUUCCCUGCAAAGAUAAUGGAGAUGUUUGUGUUCAGCCUUGUUCUCCUUCCUUCCGUGGGGAGACAAGCUUUGUCUGCAAAGACGAAAAGUGGCAAAUGUUCACAGAUGCUUGUGCAAAUCUGGAUAUUUGGUCACUUUUUCAGAGAAUCUCUGAACACGGACCCUUUCUAAACCCUGGAGAACAUGUUAGUAUUGCUGGAGAACACCUCCCUUUUGUAGGGAAAGGAAGCCCAAUGAGGCCUGGAGAUGGAGCAAAAUAUUCUGGUGCUGAUGACCAUGGGAAUGAGAACUGCGAAGCUGAUUUUUCAUGCAUUAUUCCAGAUAUCUUGUCUUCACCAGCCAUUCCAGGAAAUAUUGCUGAUAUAGUGGACUUGCUAAAGCAGAUCUCCCUGGUAUUAUCAAGGAAUGUUAGUAGAGGAAAAAUGCAGAGUUACAGCAGAAUAGCAAACCAUGUUCUCAAUAGCUCCAUCAUUUCCAACUGGGCCUUUGUAAGGGAUAGAAAUGCUAGUUCAGUAUUACUGGACUCAGUGAACUUGUUUGCUGGGAAACUUCUUCUAAUGAAUGGGUCAGAAAGUAUACAGGAACAAUUCAUUUCUACAAAAGGCUACAGCAUACAUAAAAAUACUUCAGGGAAAAGCUUUGAUUUUUCUAUGGAAUUCAAUAACUCGGACAAUAUCACUGGGCAUGUGUUCAUUCCAGAAGAAGAACUUCUGAAGCUGUCUAGAACUUCCAAAGCCAUCAGCAUCGCAUUUCCAACUCUUGGGGCUAUCAUAGAAACAAGCCAUUUGGACCCUGUUUUUGUGAAUGGAAUGGUUUUAUCAGUGGCUCUGCCAGAAGAACUUCAGCAUAUUUUGCUUACCUUUGAAAAGGUCAAUAAAUUGGAGAGUGUCAAAGCCCAGUGUGUUGGAUGGCACUCUACUGAAAGGCGAUGGGAUGACAGAGCAUGCCAAAUUAAGUCAGAUGAUGUCAGCAGUGCUGUUUGCUUCUGCAAGUAUCACCAUCGGAUGUUCAAAUCCUUCUCCAUUCUUAUGUCACCCACCAAGUUACGAAAUGCAGUGCUGGAUUACAUUACAUGUGUGGGGUUAGGCCUCUCGAUUUUCAGCUUGGCUCUGUGUCUUGCCAUUGAGUUUGUUGUCUGGCAUCACGUUACAAAAACUGAAAUAACUUAUAUGCGCCAUUUUUGUUUAGUGAACAUAGCUACAUCGCUUCUCAUUGCUGACAUUCUGUUCAUUUUAGCUGCUAUUGUGCAUGAUACAGCCCAAAACUACCGGCUGUGUGUAGCUGCCACUUUUUUUCUUCACUUUUUCUAUCUUGCCUUGUUUUUUUGGAUGUUUAGCCUGGGUCUCCUGAUUCUCUAUGGAUUGUUAUUAGUUUUUUUUAAGAUAACAAGAUCUGUGUUCAUAGCUACAGCGUUCUCUAUUGGAUAUGGAUGUCCUUUGGUCAUAUCUGUCCUCACUGUUGCUAUUACUGAACCAAGGAAUGGGUAUUUAAGGGCUGGAGCCUGCUGGCUCAAUUGGUAUGAGACCAAAGCCCUUUUGGCCUUUGUUGUACCUGCUCUGAGUAUCAUUACUGUGAAUCUGAUGGUGGUGGUGGUGGUUGUGGUGAAGACGGGAAGGUCCUCUGUUGGAGAAGGUUGCAAGUCACGAGAUUUGAGCAGCGUGAUCCGAGUUAGCAAAAACGUUGCCCUCCUGACACCUGUUCUAGGCCUCACCUGGGGAUUUGGAUUAGCGACGAUUGUCGAUAAAAGCUCUCUCGCAUUCCACGUUACAUUUGCACUACUUAAUGCCUUCCAGGGUUUCUUCAUCCUGUUGUUUGGGACACUUCUGGACAGAAAGACAAGAGAAGCCUUAAGGAUGAACUGCCUCUCAUGAAAGCGGAAGUAUAGUCUAGCAAAGUCCUAGCUGUGGACAGCGGUUUUCGAUGGAUCUGACCAAUGAGAGGAAAAGGAGAAAUACUCUUAUACAGAAAUCCUGGUUUGAGAUGAGCCUUACUGCCUGACCAACUUGGAGUGUGGACAGCUUUGUCUUGGAGUAUGACCACAGGAAGCAUCACGAAAACCAGAGGAGAAAUAGCCUUGAACCUGCUGUCAGGAAUAGGAAACCAUCAGUGUUGCUGCAACCCUUAGAGGAAACACAGUGAUACGUAAGGGUUGUUUCUCGGCUUUAUGGAAACUGCUGUGAGGGGAAUUUGUCCUCAUUUGCCAUUCCAACGUUUCAAGUUGUUUCUGUUCUUUCGUAUCAGUGCAGUAAGGAGCACUGUACAGCACGCUGGGCUGUUCUGAAAUUAUUCUAUUUUAGGCAUGAUGUACUAAUAAUGAAUAUUAUCCAGCUACUAGUUGGCUAUCCUUCAUCACAAGAGAUUCUAUUAAGUGGCACUGUAUUCAUCAAGUUCCUACCUGUACUCCCAGAUAGAUGGACAGCAUAACGCUAUUUCUGCAGUAUGGCUGUUCUUUCCAGCUCAAUACUUGUGUGUCACAGGAGCUGUACAAAAACCCUUUUUGCUGUCCUGCAACAAGAUGACGAAGGCCUUGGAUAAACAAGAAUGAACAUGCCUCAACUCCUCAAUAAAGAUGUGGGAAAGCACACUUUAAAUUUGCUUCACGAUUGAGUCAGAUGGAUGGAGGUCUCCCACAUCCCAGGCAAAGUACUAAUCAAGGAAAUUGGUUAGUACAGAUGAGAUGGGUCUUGUUGUGACAAAUCAGUGUUUUCAAAUGGAAAUUAAAGUUGAAAUUUCCUGAUUGUUUCUAGGAUGUGGUCCUUAUCCUCUUGAGACUGGAGAAUUGCUUAAUUAUCAGAGUUUUUCCUUGAAACAUGCAUGUGAAGUAGAAGUGUGCUAUUUAAGAGAUGGAUGGGGAAUAGAAGUGUGGGGCAGACUUGACUGACUGGUUCAAAGCUGAUGGCUGAGCCAAGAGUAUGCCAAGUCCAAUGCCUUUUCUUAGAAAUGGACUCUUCCUAAUUCAUCCACCCUUACUGCCUGUAUUACCUAUUCCUAUGGUCUGUGGAAUAUUAAAAUAUUUCAACAUUUCAACCUUCAACAUUUGCCAUUUUCUGGAAAUUUCACAGUUCAUUGUUGUUGCCAACAGCUUAGAAACUGGAUUUUUUUAAUUUGAAGUGAAGAAUUAUAGAAAGCAGUAGGUUACAUUAUUAAAGGCUACUUUAAAUAUCUCCCAGUUUCUCAUUGUUUUAAACCUUGUAAUAUUUUGAUUUGCUUUUGCUAUCUUUUUUCUCUCUUAGAUACAUGCUGAUACAACUAAAUCAUAGAUAUGUUAAGCAAAUUAAGUAUAUCUCUUAGUCAUAUCAAGGUAACUGAGUAUACAAUGAACCUCCUUUCUGGAGUUAAAAAGUAGAUAAACACCCUUUAAAAUAAACUGGUGUUACUCAAGUCAGACAUCUCUAUCUCUGCUCUGAUGUCUACAGAAGUAAUUCUUCACAUACAUUUAUAUCUGAAAGAUAGAUGAUUCAAUCAAAACAAUACUGGUUUAUGUGUUCAACACCCCUUUACUGAAGAGGGAUAAAAAUACACUGGAAGAUGAACUGUGGGAUGUUGGGAAUAUGAUAGUUAAUAAGAAAAAACACAGAGCUGAAUGUCCCAGAGGGAGAGAAGCUGUGAGACGAUGAUCUGGAGAGCAGAGAGCUCUGGCCUGCAUGUUGAGACAGCACUUUGUGUCCCCAGGACUCUUGUUUCCUCUCAUUUUUCUCUCCUAUCCUUUCUCUGCCUGGAGUUUAGUCUUAUUAUAAGAGACUAUCCCUGCUCCUUUUGUACAGAACAUUUGUGCACUGGAGAACUUUGGAGAUCAUAUGAGUGUCUGUACUGCUGUAAUAUAAAUUUAAAAAGACCGCUACCCCAGAGUCUGCUUCCUAGUGUCAAGUGGCAUCAUCUGUGCUUUGCUGUAUUUCUCUUCUUGAAGCAAUUACAAAGCUUUCUUUUUUUCUUUUUCAUUUCUUUUUCUUUAAGUUACAUUUAUCUUGGAUUUGUCCCUGUUAAACAUUUUUUCAGUAUGUCUUCCAAGUCCCUGCAUGGCCUUUUUCAAUGAAGUAUCAGAGAGUUAUAUACCUGACAUGUUUGAGAGUUUUAUUUCAUUGUGGUAGAAUUAUACUCCUGAUUGAUUAAUCAGCUACUCUGUUUUAAAGAGUUAUUCAAAAACUUACACAGGAAUUGUGUGGGAAUCAGGACUGUGUAAUUAGCUAAUGUAUACCUCAUUCGGAAACUCUAAUUGUCCCUUACACUUAGAUAAAUGGACAAUUUUUACUGGAGGCAGUGGGAUUUUCAUUAUAUUCUAAUUUAUGGAUAGUGUUACCUAUGUGUAAUGUCAGCUGAAUAUUUUUGCUAGCCAGUGUUCAACUUGUAUUUUUUUGCAGUCAUUAACAGUUGUAUGGGUGGUCCCCUUUGAAAGAAGAGGAUCCCAUUUUGCAGUUUGCAACGUGGAGCAAACAACUUGUUUGCACCAGAAUUUGUUGCAACAUGUUUAAGACCACCACCGUUUUUCCCCACCCCCUUUUUCAGAACUGUAUAUAACUCAGCUGGCAUUUUUUGAUUGUUUUGAUUUUAUUGUUAACAGUGAAAUUUCAUUAAGGAAAUGUUGUUUUUUGGUAGUACCUGAAAAUUUCAGAGAAUUUGCAUGAAGCUACCACCUUUUCCUUCUCUCACGUGUGGACACAUACAUGCACAUUAGAUUACAGUCUAUACUCUACUACAUUUAUAGACAGUCUUAGGUGAAGUUUCCUAUGUCAUAUGCACCCACUUCAAAACCCCAGGAAAUUCAACAUGGGUCUUAUCCAUGCCGCAGUUCGGUAAAAGGAAUUUGAUCUGUGGGUUGCUGAGACAGGAAUUGAAGCCAUCUAUUAAAUGGUGUUUGAAGUGAGGUGCUUUUUUUCAGAAGCUACCACACAGCACAGAGUUUUAUCCUGUGUUUUAUGAGAAUUUAGCUUUUUAAAAAUAACUGGGGUUUUACAGAGAACCAGUAAAUGGUAUAGGGUGGGGAUGAGCACUGAGGCUUUAUUUUUAAUACUCCCAAAUUAAACUGGCCAAGAGUAUUUCAUGAAUAAAUGUUUUUGAGAGAGGUGAAAGCUGUAGCUGUCCUCUGAGGCUCGUGAACUGGUAAUUCUUCAAAUGUCAUGGGCUGAUGGCCCAGUUCUAAUUGCAACUAGAGGCAAAAUACUGUUUUCACUAGAGUUGAAACUCUGCCAAAUUCUCAAGUCAUCAAAAUGUUUCAACAGCUUAAUAAGGUCAAUGUGAAUGUUAGAUAGACUCCUUGAUCUGCUGGAGCUUGUUUUGGAGCUAUUCCACCCUGCCUCCCAUGUAUAUUCAAAUGUGCAUAGAUUUACAGUGUUGGUUACACAGCCAAGCAUAGAGUGAUGUUGGAGCUGCUUGGUCAGGCAGGUGAAAUUGAAUUCUGUCACGCCAAGCUCAAAGCCAAAAUAAGUUGUUGGGCAGAAUGUUGAUUUACCUUCUCUCCUGUCUCUUUUUCUCUUUAGCACAAGGGUCUUCUCCACAGUAAGUAAAUCCAAACAGAGAAAGAUGCAAAACUAGCAGAGUUUUGGCAAGCUGUUAAGAUUGCCGGGAUGCCUCAUAAAACUUGCUCAUAGCAGGUGAUUGUCUACACUGUGAGGCUUAGUCCCGCUAGCUCCAGCCAUGCUCUCCACCAUUUGUUUGCUGCCAGUGGGCGCUGCAUCAGGGUCCUUCACGAAGGCACUGCCUGGUUCUGGCACUGGCUUGUAGGUCUGCCUCUCCAUUGAGAAGUGAUGUGAUGCCUUUUGAUUAGAGGAUGGAAAAACUCAUGACUUCAUCACAGAGAAGUCCUGGCUGUUGUCUGGAAUAGUAUCUAGUUAUACAAUCAUGUUCUGAAGUGAUUUAACUAAGCGGUCACCAUGGAAAUGUCAUUUAGUAAGGAAGCAUUUGGAUGCUGUCUUGUGCUUCAUCUGUUUAGGUAUUAACAGUAAGCAUUGCUAGAGAUGCAAGGUUUGUAGGCUACUAUCCCUCACUAAGUUGAAUGAGGUUUCAGGGCAUGGGAGCAAAGCACACUUUUGGGCAUGCAGCACUUCUCGCCUGGGCGCACACAUCUUUCUAUGUGAACUUUGUGACAUUGCCUCUGUCACAACAGUGGAGAUGCACCUACAAUCUAUGAUAGAUGUGCUACCAGGAGAGAGCCCCUCAGAGGGCACCACUACAUUCUCUGACCCCAGUUUCAGAGUUUUUUUUCUCCUGCUUUCUCAAAAGUCAAACUCGUUCAUUCUCAAAAAGGCCAGCAAGCCGCAUACUUCCCAUGUCUGGCUAGAAGUGGAUUCCUUUGCCAUUUUUAAUGUUUCUGUUACUUUCUCAUUGGUUAGAGUUCCUUCUCAAUUUCUUCUGUUACAAAAUUCUCUUUCUAUGUGGCUUGCUUACUUUCUGCUUCUCUGGAUAUUCCUCUUUUCCAUUGUCUGAAUGUCAUUGUUCCUUUCCCUUCUACUGCCUGUGUCUCAGUUUUUGUAGCUAUGAGACAGGUUUUUUUUCAGCCUUCUGGCUUGUGGACUGUGGUGGCAGGUAGCUGCCUGCCCUACUGUGACAGUGGGAACUACAGCUGCAUCCUGGACAGACGUCAGAAAAGAAAUAUCUGAGCUAGCAACUGGAUUGUGCAAAAAUGCCUGUGUGCUGAGACUUGAUUUUUGUCUUGAGCAAGAUCCACAAAUGUAGGUAUGGUCUUCUCGGUCUUCAGGUCAGAGGGGUAUCCCCUUCAUCCCUGCAAAAUCCCAGCAUCCUCUUUGAUUUGCAAAUUAGAAUGGAAAUCUGGUAAAACCAGGCUUUACAUAAGACCUCUUCUGUGUGGCUUUUUCUUGGCCAGUAUUGCUGUAUGAAUAUUGUUUCAUUAUUUCAGUCGAUGUGGUCAGAUUAAAACUAAAAAAAAAUAUCCCCUAUCCCUCACUGCCAGGUCAGAUGUCCUAUUUGUAUUCUAUAUGCAAAGUGAUACAAGCAGGGUUGCUGAUUACUUAGUUUACCAUUUCUAACAUAUUCUGCAAUAUAAAACACACUUUUGUUUUCAUUUCCCUGAGGGGAAUUUAAUCAAUAUUGAAUGGUCUUGCAAUUGCAUGAAAUUUUAAUGUUGAUAUUAUCUUUUGAUUCAAUCAAGUAUCUUCAUGGUUUUGGUCUAAACACUGUAGUGAAAGGUGUUUUUCUUUAACUGCUUCCAUCGAGAUUUUACAAAGAGAAAACUUCCUAAGCAUGUGAAGUUUGUGAGCUUGUUUACAUGCAAUUUGCAUUUCAGUUCAGCUUUGAUUGGGCACAGUGUUCUGGCUAGCCCCUCAUGUUCCCUUUAUUUCUGAGACAGAGUGCUGCUUUGGGGACACCUUUUAACUUGAGGCUAGCUCAAGUUUUGGGAAAAGGUGCAUGUCUGUUCUGAUUUUACAAAAAUAGUUCAUCCAACCCUAAUUGCUGCAGCCAUGUGCUAAGGUCUUCCUUUUUCACAACUUAAACUCAACUUUGUUCUGUUUGUUUCUUUAUCUGCAGCAGGUAAAUCAGAAUUGCACUUUUGUUUAUUUGGCAAUGCUAAACUCCAAAAGCCCAGUGCUCUCCUGCUUCCUUAAGCAUUAGGGCUUAACUGUAGCCAUUCGACCCACAUAAAACAUGUACAUGUGCCCUUCAGGUACUUUCCUUUCAGGUUCAGGCCAUUAACAAGUAAUCUAUUUGGGUUAUUUGAAGAUUAGAUAUUAAACAACUGAUUGAUUAGAAAGAGCAUUCCAACCCUUGGGGACUGCAAGUCAAGUUCUAUAAUUUACUUUAUUCAUGCUGCAACUUCUCUGGUUACAGAGCAGGACUAUCAGAAUUACCGGCUAUGGGAAGAUCAGCCUAUUUUAGCUUGAAUUCGUACAGCUUCAAAUACCCUUCCUUAAGGAAGGAUGAGCUAGUAGUGGAACAAAAUAUUUUGAGAAGCUGUUGUUUUUUCCUUUUUCUGAUGUUGCUAAAUCAGGCUUUCAGUAAACAAUAAUUACUGGGUUCUGUACAGUGGUAUGAAAGAAGCUCUCCAGCCUGUGAAACUCCCUCCUGGCCUUAGCACUUGGUAACUAUCCCAAGCCUUUCUUUCCAUUACAGUUUUAUUGUAGUUAGCCAAAGUGAAUGGUAUUAUUGGUGGCCAUCUCCAGGCAGGGCUCUCUGCUUUGGCUGGCUCUUCUAUGGCAAUUGGAGGGAAAGGUAAGAUCAGGUAAUUGCAUCAGUUUACUCACACUGGUGCCAAAGUUUUUAAUAAACCCUUGUAUUCGUCAGCAGUGUCUUUGCCCCAUUCCUGCUCUUAGUGUCCUUCCCUCCCAAAAUACUCCAUUGAUGUCAGUAGUUAAUCUAGACUUUUUGUAGUACAAGAGCACAGAACUGGACUUCUGGUACCACUCAUGUUUAAAUCAUGAAAGAUUUAUGAUACUGUGAUGUGUGUCUCUCCAAGUGAUUAUUAUUUCCAUAGUAAGUGAUUCAUUUCUUCAUGUAAUCUUUGUUCCUGUCAUGGUGUGGCUGAAAAUCUUCCACUUUCCUGGAAUGGUUGGUCUGGGAGCUCGGAGGCUGCCUGGAUUUCCUGCUUAGCUUCUAUGUUAUUACAAAAUGUUAUGUUAAUCUCUGCUCGCUGCAGAGCCUAAGGCAUUUAUAUAGCCAGUUAGAGAAGUACAGCUUAACAGGAGAAAUGCUGUCUAUCUCCUGUAAUGCAAGUAUAAGUGCUAUUGUGCAUAGCAGGACUAGGGGAGUAGAAAAGAGAAUUUUGGCCUUUUAUUAAUAAGUUGUAAAACUACUACAGCAUACUGCAUGUCAGGAUCUGCCCAAAGACCUAUUGAUGGCAAGUUUGGAAGCAUGACUUUGAAAUGUGCUGAUUAGUGGUAAAAUUUCUACUGACUUUAAAAUGAAAGGCUAAGUCAUGAAUGCCUUGGAAAUGUCUGUUUUGGGGAAAAGGUUCACUGUUUUUCUUUUUCUAAGGGUUUUUUUUUUAGUUUUUACUUUUUGGGUCAGAAGAAAUUGCUAUGAUUAGUUAGAGCUGCCUUCUCUCAGAAAUCUUUCUGAGUUAGGAAUUAGAAAGUCAUUCAAUCACCCUUCAACCUUCUUUUGGACAAACUAAAUAAAUUAACUUGUCUUUUUCCUUUCGGGAGAUGAGUUAUAGUAUUGAAUUUGUAUUGAUUUCCUUUUUUGCUAGCAGGCAGAAAAGGAAUUUAGUACACACAUGCAUCCCUCAGGUUACAGGGUGUUGAUCUAAUAGGAAUUUGUGUCUUUUUGCUUACAAGAACGUGUGUGAAAACCCGCAACAAAAAGCAAGGACUGAGACUUAGUGCUUGGUUACUGAGACUUAAGCUACAAAUACAGGACUGAAAUUCAUUAAAAUUAGUGGCUGACAUUUGAAGCGGAUAAAAGGCAACUUUAUCAUGAUGCUGACAAAGAAAAAGGCUGUAGACCCUUAGUUUUCAUUGACUACCUCAAGGGAGGCUUUCUGCUUCAGCAACUGGCCCUUGAAAGCCCAUCUGACACCUGCUGAUAGCCAGACUGUAGCUUGACCCAGGUUCUGGCCAUCAGGAUGCUUCAAUAGGUCUUUGUGCAGCUCCCCACUGUGUCAUGCAACUCUAACUGGACCAGACCCAGUUCGCAGUGAGGCCCGCAGAGGUUGUGCUGGUGCGAAGCGGUGGGAGUGUGCUGUGGGAGAGGUGGGAACUCCACCUCUGUUACUGCUCCUGAGGCCUUUGCAUGCACUGGGGAGCUUCGUCCCAAGACAUCUGGGGUGCCUAGGGAUUGACUGUGUGGUGACCGGAACUAACAGAUGCCUGAAACCUAAAGCAAAGGAUGAUGGGGAAGGUGAUGAGAUGUCUGAAGAUCACUGCCCCAGGUAAUCUGGAGCUCUGUGGCUGUUUAGCGGCAGAGGAAGGCAGCCUCUGUGUAGGAUGCUUUUUUAUGGAGGGUUUAUAAGGAAUAAGCAUGGAUGAUUUCGAGGAAUAAGCACAUAGGAUGGGAUGUUCUUGAUGAAUGCAUGACUCCUUCCUGCUAAAGGGAUGUUACUCUUUUGGCUAAUCACAGUCCUAAAUUACUUGAAUUAUAAAACUGUAUAAAUAGCUGGCAUGUGUUCUUGAUCACUUGAGCUACUACAAGAUGCCUAAAAAUAAUGUGUGUUACAGAAAUGGAAGUUUAGAGCCAGAGGGCAGAAAGGAGAUCGGGGUCAAAUGAGAGACACUCAUAUACGAACUUUCAGCUCUUACAUGAAUGCUGGCUGCCCUUGGAGUGUCCCAGUCUGAACCUUGGAUGUCCUGGGAGAAACUGUGACCUAAUUUCUGGCUUUUUGGGGUGGGUAGUUUGGAUUGGAAAUCCCAUAUUACUGUGUAGCUUCCUGAUGAUGAUGCAGUUGUUCAGAAAGAAGGCAAAAUGUUUCAUUGACUGUGCAGCCAGUCACAUCAAACUCAGUCUAAUCAUGAUUAGGACAAUCCAUAGCUCAUACAAAAUACAUUCAGAAGCUUAAUGCCCUUAUUAACCUGAUUGACUGUGUAGCAAGCCAUUAAUACUUUCAAAAGUGGUCUACCUUUUCAGGCUCCAACACGAUGUCUACAGGCACCUACCUACGUGUGAUUGUAUUUUUUUUUCCCUUCUGUUAAAAAAGAAAAAAGAUAUUUGCAUUACUGAAAGUCGUUGAUAACUUGAUUUUCAUAAAAUUUGACCAGUGCAAUCAGUCAUUUAUGUAGAUGAUUAUUUUGGAUAUUAGAACCCUAAUCUUUGAUUUUAUUUCUUGAAGGUCUUAACACUGGUAACUGACCAUGAUUCCCUGACCUUGGUUCAAUUUUCCCUUGGUAAAAGGGGGUUAAUACAAACCUGAUCUAAGUAUAAAUAUUGAAAGUAUGACCUGCUCUCUUGCCCUACGAUUGCACAAUGCUUAGUGUGCAGGAGCCCUGGGUCACAGCUAAAGAUCCUACAUGAUGCCACCGUAUAAGUGAAUAAUAAUAAUCCCAGUGAUAAUGAAAGCUUUCUCUUGAAUGUCUUUUGUUAUGCACGUAUUUAUGAAAUUAUGCCAUGAAAUGUGUUGGUGACAGAUCAGAUAAACAUUUUUAUAUUUGUAAAUAUGUAUCUGGUUUAAAAAAAAGUCAUUGUUCUGUGUAGUUCUAAAGUUGAAAUGAUGUGAUUUAUAGCAUAAGAUAGUCUUCCAUUACAAGCAGGAAAGCAGGUGACUAGCAGUCACUUACCAAACUCUUUAUUCGUAGGAAGUUGUUAAUUUGUUGAUAAAGGGUGUCCUACAGACAAUUUCUUCAUUUUGGAGUCAUGGGUUUUUAUGAAAGGCACUGUUAGAAGUUGUAUUAUUUUCAUCUGGUGAACUCAGGGCUUGACCUCAAGUUAACUUGGUAUGAUUUGACAUAACGAAAUCAUUGUGUCUAGGAAAUAACACAAGUCAUGUGAUUCAGUGACAGAUCUUAUGACAAUGUAAAUAAAAGCAAAUAGUAUGAAA